CUCCUUUCGCUUGAAUCUAAAGUUUCACGGUACUCAUAGGCACUGUGAUCAGAUAUGGCUCUGAUUCUUCGAGCUUCGCAUUUUCUAGUACGAAAUGGAAGAUGUACAUUAUCUGGUCUGAGGUUAUCGUCUUUUACAACCAGAUCGCGAAAAGUAAGUGAAGAUAAACAUUAUAAAACCAUGAAGCUUUCUCAAUUAGAGGUAAUCGAUGAAAGGUGAUUGAUUUAUUCACCCAAAAACAAAAAAUUUAAAGGCUCGUGAAGGUUUAUUUUGUUAUCAUUAUAUAUAAACGUUGAAACUAUUAAACGAUAACUUACCACGUGGCCUUUAUGUAAAAGUGUACUUCUUUGCGAAAGCUUUUAAUAUGCGAGUGUACUUUGUAGAUGUAGAUGAAAUUUCUUUCUUUCUUUGUCUUGUUACUUUACUUUUUCACAUUUCUUUGAAUGAUGCAAUGCUAAUGCACGUGGACAAAACAUAACGAGUUCCAUUAAUUAAUACAGCUAUAAAUUAAAUAAGAAGGUGUUAAUAGAAUCAUUAAAGUAAUUUGGUCGCGUGGGCAAUAAUGCAGCGAAGUAGUUACAUAAUAAUAACUUCUACCACACCCCAAAAAUAUUGGUCCCAUGAUCAGAGGAUCAAUUUGAUUUUUCAACAAUUAUCAAUACUUUUUCAUAUAUCCUGUGCUGUCUUUCUCUUUCAGAGUUUAUCAGCAUCAUUGGUUCUAGAGGAUGGAACCAGACUCCAAGGAUAUUCCUUUGGUCAUGGCAAAUCGACAUCUGGAGAAGUUGUCUUUAACACUGGUUUAACAGGGUAUAUAACUAUUUUUUCCUGUGUUAGGAUGAUUCUUAGAUACUAGAAAGUUGUGGUGAGAGAUUUCUAUUCAAUAACCCGUAUCCACACCCUUGCAAUCAGUCUAGGGGUUUCCCCUCUCCUACUAGAGUUCUGAUUGAUAUUCUUACAUUAAUAACCAUCUACUUUCCCUUGAUCUUUACUUGAUUUAUCAUGUGAGUUACUCCAUAAAUUACCACCUUCUUCAAUAGCUGGCUGACACCUUCUUAAAUUAAUGUAAAUGAAACCCGGCAACACAUCCAGGUGAUGUUAUUGGAGUACCCACCUCUUGGAGUUGAUUGCUCUUUGGUUUUGUGAAAAUUACUUUACAGCAAGGAGCUGAAAAGUGUGACCUUCUUUAAUGAACUUGCAUUCUUUAAUGCAGACAUUAACCAAUCAGAAGUUGAGGACAGUUUCCAGAUGGCUUCUGAUUGGAUUAAAUCUGUACAAAAGAAUGUGAAGAAAUCAAAAGCGGUCACACUUUUAGGCUCCUUGCUGUAAUGGAAAAUCAAUAUUGUUUCCUCUUAUCUUAGUUACCCUGAAGCACUGACAGAUCCAAGUUACAGAGGACAGAUUCUUACCCUCACUUAUCCUAUAGUGGGAAACUAUGGCAUUCCUAGCACCACAGAAAGAGAUCAGUAUGGAUUAUUGAAAAAUGUUGAAUCUGAAAAUAUACAGGUAAUCCGCAGUUAGUUAAGUACCCAAAAAGCAAUUUGCUUUCGUUUUCUUUUCAUCUAAUUCUGGAAUGAAAUAUUUUUGUUGGCUAAAGACAUAGAAAUGUUCAUUUUUUGCAUGGAUAUCAUAUGCUGGGCACCCUGGAUCUCACAGGGUCAGAGCUUUGGACUCCCUACAAUGUUUCUCAGGAUACAGCCUUGACUUGUACAAAGUCUUCAGAAUGACUGCCAAGAUCUUUGUACAUCUUUGGAUGUGAUCAGGUCCUCAGGAUAAAAAUCUAACAACUAUGACUAAAAAAAGUUGGCUUGUUCAAGAUACUGUGGUUAGGAUUUAACCCUCCCCCCUUGGUUGAACAAAAUCAAAGAUAUUUAUGAAAAAAAGUACUAAGUGAAGUAGUACAGAGCCACGUUUCUCUACCAUCCUUAUAUGCAUCACCCAUAAAUUUAAUUCCUUUUUGUUAAUAUUUUCUUCCUCUUCAUUCAGGUGUCAGGAUUGCUUGUUCAGGAUUACUCCCAUAACUACAGUCACUGGAAUGCUGUCAAAUCACUCUCAGAAUGGUUAAAUGAAGAAAAGGUAUGCAAAAUGGUUCAAUAAAUUCUUAUCCUUGGCUUGAAUUUUAUUAUCUUCCUUUGUUUUGGGUAUGAUAAUGUAUGAUGAUGAAUUUGACACAAAGUUAAACACAUAAUAAUAAUAAUAAUAAUAAUAAUAAUAAUAAUGAUGAUGAUGAUGAUGAUGAUGAUGAUGAUGAUGUUGAUGAUAAUAAUAAUCUACUGGUAAGGCUAAAGUACACUGCCAAUGUUUCUAGGAAAUACAUUAGUUAGCUUUGAUACUAGAAACAGUAAAACCAAGGACAUUUCACAAUUUAAUUUAUGUCCAAAGAGUGACCAACAUGAAUUUUCUCUUAACAAUCUCCAUACAUUAUCAAGAGGAAGGGUUAUGAGAAUUAACAAAAUGAUCACCAAAGGAGAAAGACUUUGAUCUCUUUUCAUAUUCUCUCAACUAAUUUUUUAAGGUAGUACUAGAGAUCAGUCAGGAGAAUUUGUGUCGGGAUAUCAUUGCUUAAUGUGUUAAUGUAGAUCAAGUAGUUUAUUAAAACAUGCAUGGAAUUUAUCUAAAAGUACUUAUGCUAUUUGCCCAUGAUUUUAUUGACAGAUUCCUGCUUUGUAUGGAAUAGACACAAGAAGGCUUACCAAGACCAUCAGAGACAAAGUAUAUAAUUAUGGUUUACUUUAAUCCUUAGCUAACCAGGCCAUUUCAAUGUUUGACUACCGCGACUAGAAACAGAGUUCUACUUAGCUUUAAAGUUAAACUUCUGCACGUAUUGUGGACACUACUAGGUUACUAAUUGACCAGUACAGACAUGUUACAACUGCAAUCAAAGGGACUGAUGGGCUGUUUUCAUGCAGGAGCUCCAUGUUCCAUGAAAAUAUUCUUCAUCUUAGUAACUGUUGUUGAGGAAUCUGACUAGUGUUCAUAAAGGUCAAUUUUUCCUCUUUCAGACAUAAUCAGUAUAAAUUAACUCACAUAAUUAAUGCAGAUCCAAGAAUCAACCAUGCAUCAGAAUUAUGUACAGGCUAUGUAUCAAACAAUCAACAUCAGCUUCUAAACAACAACCCACCCACUGUGCCAUCCCUGCUCAGUUCUAUGAAUAAUUUGAUAAUCUUUUUUCCUUUUUUAACAGGGCACAAUCCUCGGAAAAAUAGAGUUUGAAGAUCAGCCUGUGGAAUUUUUGGAUCCCAACACACGGAAUUUAACAGCAGAUGUUUCUGUCAAGGUUGGUCUGCAUUGGUUAGGUUUGCUAUUAACCUUUUACUCGGAGGUUUUCUUAAAAUGAUGAGACACAGAAGGCAAACUGGUGAGGACCCCCCACUAAAAAACUUCAACACCCUUUUUCUGUGGCAUAAAGCACCUAUAGGAGAAUGUUCAAUCCAAUGCAAUCCAGUAGGCUAUGCUAUUUGGAAUUGACGAAUGGCCAUUUUGUGGCCAAUGCAAAGUUAACUACAAUGGUAGAGGUGGCAGUAACCCAAACAUACAUGCUUGUUUUGUGGGACAUAUUAUUUCAACAGAAUUCAGAUCUUUUGUUCUUAAGGCACCCCUCGACGAGUAUCAGUGGAAAUGGGACUAGGUACUAUGUCUUCUGGAUUUUUGUUGAUCCACUUCAAUGCAAUGCAGACCAAUCUGAGUAACUAGCCAAAGAACGUUCUUUAAGAUUCUAAUAUGGUUAACCCUAGCUAGCAACUCUCCAUUUUUUUACUUGAACCACUUUUUUGUUUGAAACUUGCUAGGCUUGUAAACUGUAGGUUAUGAGAUGCAUUAGUCACAGUUCAAUCCUCAUACCUUUUUUUAGGAAAGAAAAAUCUUUGGAAAAGGCAAUCCUUAUAGGGUGAUAGCUGUUGAUUGUGGAAUAAAGCAUAAUAUGAUCAGGCAUUUAGUGAUGGUAAGUUUUCGCGGGAAAAAGUCAAAAUUUUAUCCCUAGAAAAUAUGUGUUCCCCGGGAUUUUAGCGGAAAAAAGUCAAUUUUCGAAAGGAUUUUCAGGGGGCAAAUUCUUGGGGAAUAUCCCUAUUUCAUGGGAAAUUUGUGUUCCCAAGGAACAAUCUGGGUAAAAAACAAAUGGCAAAUUUCAUAAAAUCGAUCGAUUUGGCGUCGAUAUGACCAGCGUUGGUGAACGUUUUUUUUAACAGGAAUAAUCAUUUCCUUUCAACAACAGUUUUCCGAAUGUUCUAAACUUUGACAGUUUUUGUUUUGCUUGAGUUUUGGGAUGUUGCCGUUGCAGUGACUGCUUCAACUAAAUUUGGACUUGAAUAAAUCCGGUCUGAUAGCCAAGAUAAGUAUUAAAUAUGUUUUGCGACAUGUAUUUGGAAAUAUUUUGUAGGAUUUCGCGGUAUUUCAGUUUUUGAUUUUUGUUUGAAUUUCUCUUGUUAGCUUGACUGCACUACAUUGUAAGGGGCAGUUGAUUGUUUCAUCUUGUAGUUCAUCUUGUACCUUGGGAUUAUGACUACUCAGAGGAGAUAUAUGAUGGUUUGUUUAUUUCCAAUGGACCUGGUGACCCUGCUUUGGCUUGGGAUGCUGUUCUUAAUCUCCGUAAGGUAUGUGAUACCAGCAACAUUUUAGUGUAGAGGCGUUAAUUAAGGGUUACGGUUAAAAAAAUACUGAUGUUUGUUUCAAUCUGUCUGUUAAGGUUAAGGUCUUUAUUUUAUGUUGGUGACUUUUAACAGUGCUCAUUUGACUGAUAAACCUGAGGGUGACGGUGGGCACAUCCUCACUCCCCCACCCUCCAUCAGCGCUCCGUUUUAUUGAUAUUUUAAGCUAGUGAAAGCUACACAGAAAGGAGAGAAGUUGAAACAAGUAUUUAAGGUCAUAGCUGGGAAUUGAACUUGGAACCUCCUACAUACAGGGUGCAAAGAAAAUCAUUUUUACAGCUUGCUAUUCAGGCAAGCUGAAGCUAGCAUUCACUAGCCCAGACGUCAUUUCAACUAGCCCCAAAAACUUUUUGAAUAGCACAAUUGAUUUCACAGUUCUUGUGUUGUUUGAAUUCGUCAAAAAACGUCACUUGUGCGAUACCAAAAUCUGCUAGCCCCGGGCUAUCAGACACAAUUUUCUUUGCACACGGUACAUAGAAGGCCUUGCACUAACCAACUUUGUCAUUCUGUUUGUUGCAGGUGCUGGAGAGUAAUCGUAGCCAGCCAGUGUUUGGUAUCUGUAUGGGAAACCAGCUGACAGGUCUGGCUGCCGGUGCAAAGACCUAUAAACUGCCUCUGGGAAACAGGUUACUGUUAACUCUUGUAGAAAUUCAUUCAGCGAGGAAAGAUCAAAAAUAAAUUUGGAUAGUUCUUUAAACUACAGGGUUGUACUCUAGAAGUGCCCAGAGGCCCCAGGUGGCUUAUUUUUGUGACUAGGAAAUCUUCCUUUUUGCAUGGAAAUCAUAUGUUGGGCACCGACGAUUUCUCAGAUUCAGAACAUUGGGCUCCGUAGAAUUUUUUUUUAGAGCACAGCCUUGAAUAUAGCCUAAAAAUUAUUACCUAACCCUAAAAAUUAUUACUAGGUUACUAUUAACAUGGAUCUGAUUCUGGGCUGGUACUGAUAUUUGCUUGCUGUCUACAAAACAAAAGCUGACUAUCAAUUUUCUUUCCAGAGGACAUAAUCAGCCAGUUAUUAACCAGCUAAGUGGAGAGGCAUUCAUCACGUCACAAAAUCAUGGAUUUGCCAUUGAUGAGGCUUCACUCCCAGCAGAAUGGAACUCCCUGUUUAUAAAUGCCAAUGACAAGACAAAUGAGGUACAAGAAAUCUAAGGUUGUAGGAUCUUUGAUUAAAAACUUUAUUCUUGCCAACAAAUAAAUCUAACAGGGUGGGGAGUUUUAUUAAGGUGGUGAGAGGCAGGGGGUAGGGGGUGAAGGGCAAGGGUUGAAAGGUAUGAGGAGAGGAGUAGGGAAUAUGAGGUGAAAGAUAGGGGUAUAAGGUGACCCCUACCCCUCACACACUAUCCCCGACCCCUCACCCCAUAGCCCUUACCCCUUGCCCCCAUAAAAGAUCUGCAAAUCCAACAGAAAUAAACAUUUUACCUCUUUGAGCACACAGAUUAUAAAAGAUUAUGAUAUUUACUACUAACUUAUUAUUAUGGUUUUAGGGAAUCAUGCAUACUGAGAAACCAAUAUUCACAGCACAGUUUCAUCCAGAAGCUUUUGGUGGACCUACAGACACUGAGGUAACUAUUACGUGGUUAUGUUAUCUUAGCCAACAGAUAAAAUCAGAGAAACUGAUAUGUUUUUCUAUUUUGAACUUUGAGUCCCUGUUUCUCCUCAGUUCUUGUUCGACACAUUCAUGGAUCUUGUCAAAGGGAAAAGGUCCUCAGUAACUCAUGCCAUGUCAAGACCUGUCAAAGUACCACCACCCCCUAAGGUAAGGCAUUUGUCACAUGACUACAACCCCUCUUACAUACCUACAGUUCUUGACCCCUUUAUCCUGAAUGUACAUGACCAUAACUGAAGAUAUCUGUCCAUGUGACCAUACCCCAUACUCGAGACAUCUCAAAAGUGACCCCUCUUCCAAUGGCUGGAUUUCAACAGCUCUUAAGACUAAGGUACAAUUUCUCUUACAUGGUCCCACCCCCUAGGGGAGAACAUUUCAAACUAGCCCCCACCCUUGUGGUUAAACAUCUCUUGCAUAGCCAUACCCCCUAAAUUAAAACAUUCCUUUCAUUGCCCCACCCCCUGAGGUAAAAUUCUUACAUGGCCCCACCCCUAAGAGGAAACAUCUCUUACAUACCACACUCACUAGAUAAAUUUCUUACGUGAUCCUUCUAAGAGGUAAGGCAAUGCUCACAUGUGACCUUUAAAUAGAAUUAUUUCUGUCUUACAAAAUUAUUGAAAUGUUUUAAUUGAAAUCUUAGGUGUCCAAAGUUCUUGUGUUAGGAUCUGGUGGCUUGUCCAUUGGUCAGGCUGGAGAAUUUGACUAUUCUGGUUCUCAAGCUAUAAAGGCUCUCAAGGUACGUUUGACAUUUUUUUUUUCAACUAAGCUGCCUGUCUUUCCUGCCUGGUUUUGGUGGGAUCGGCAGAUGACUUCUUAUCUCAAGGGAAUAACUUCAUUACCCCAGGAACCCACACUGUUUCUCUGGCGGAUUGUUGACUGUUAUCAUGUUGUAAUUCAAUCACCUAUCUCGCCCUGUCAAUGAAGUAGUUGUUUUCUUUUUCUCCCUUGCACCCUGGGUGCUUCUCUUGAGUCCUCAGUGUUAACCUUUAUUGUUUUUCCAACAGUAAGUAGAUCUAAAGGUGUUCUGUUAAAAUUAUAGGAAGAAAACAUUAAGACAGUUUUGAUGAAUCCUAACAUUGCUUCAGUUCAAACCAAUGAGGAAGGAGAAAAGCAGGUAAAAUGGUUAAUGUUAUCUUAGUAACCCUUCCUCUUCUUUCACAUGUUCAGGUUAUAAAGCAGGUGUUAUUUUACAAUAUUAUUUCUUCACAUGAUUGGGGUGUUUGUUAUUUUCAUAUUACUUUAUCAACAGAAAUAUAGGUUUUGGCGUGUGGCGUGUGGUUCCAAAAAUUAACUGUAUCUUCCCCACGGAGGGGACCCCCCACCCACCCCUCUGGAAAUUCCAGUCAAGCUUCAAAUAUUAGCUUAAAUUUUUGGGCCUUUGAGAGCCCCCCACCCCCCAGGAAUUUCCAAUCGCUUCUGUGGGGGUAGUAUGGAUAUUUUCUGGAACUACACAAUAAGGAUUUUAUUGUGAUCUCUGUAGUGGUCAAUCCUGAAAUUAGAGAACCUCAGCUCAUCAAAGCGCUGCAUUAAGGUAUCACUAUUUAAAUUACAUUUUUAUUCUCACACAGGCAGAUGUGGUGUACUUUGUGCCAAUAACUCCUGAAUUUGUUGAGGAUGUGAUAAGACGUGAGAGACCUGAUGGAAUAUUGUUAUCAAUGGGUGGACAGACAGCAUUAAACUGUGGUAAGCUCCUCCAUAAACUUAUUUUCAUUAAAUUUAUUUAGUAUUUUUUUACUGUAGAAACUUGUGACCUGGUUUUUCUUUUCAUCUGGGAUCUAAUGUGUUGUUUUCUGCCUGAAAGCUAGAGGUGUUCUUUCUCUUUUUUGUGUAGGAGUUGAGCUGUUUGAUAAAGGAGUAUUACAAAGAUAUGGUGUUAAGGUAUCAACAAUUAUGCAUUGCUAAUCAAUAAAACUACCCCUAAUGGUACUUUGGUUUAUCAGUGAUGUUAACCUUGCUCAGAGUAUAUAAAGGCAGAUAUUAAGCAUACAACUUGCAGUAACCUUAGAGGAGGAAUAACUAGUGUUAAAUCCUAAAUCUGAAACUUGUUUUUCCCAUUACAAUCUCGGGAUCUUCUUUGAAAAUACAGUACGGACACAUGUUCACGGAAAGUUGGGCUUUUAUUGAAAAUGAUCUAUAAACGGCCUUGAAAAUCAGUACUAGUCCCAAAGGUGUCCAUCAUUUAAGUUGAAAAUACGUUUGAAAAUCAUUCAGACAGUUGAAAAUUUUUUUAUGAAAGACAGUUGUUAUUUUAUGAAAGACAGUACAUCAAUGACUGCUUUUCUUCAUUUUUUAGGUUAUUGGAACACCCAUAGAGUCAAUCAAGGCCUCAGAAGACAGACAAACAUUUGCUGAUAAACUUAAAGAAAUUGGAGAGAAAAUUGCUCCCAGUGUUGCUGUGGAAACAGUAAGUUUCUCUAGGGGUGGUGGUGUUUUUAACCAAAGCUUCUUUGUUCAGCGAAGUGAGCUGCUUAUUCUCUUAAACUUAAAUAAUGAAACCCUGAUCUGAUGUGUUACAUUAAGUCAAUCUACCUAGACAUAAAAGAACCAACCUAUACUUAAGCACGCUGUUGAGAAUUUCAGUCAGAAAUGUCUAAGGGCUGAUUUAGACGGUACGAUUUUUGCUUACGACUAUAUAGUAUUGUGCGCAUCCAUCCACUUGCGAACAAUUUUCACUUACGGCAUCCACAUGUGUUGUACAGAUGUCAUGGGUCUAAUAUACAUGAAAUGAUCUGGCGGGAAGUCAUGACUUAUGCUAGUCACAUACAUUAGUCGUAAGCAAAAAUUGUGCCAUCUAAAUCGGCCUUUUCAAGACCAGAGGUCUAAAAGGGGAAUUUAUGACAAUUUUUGGGCCUGUGUUGUAAUAUUUUAGGUUGAAUCAGCUCUCAAGGCAGCAGAAAAUAUUGGAUACCCUGUGAUGGUCCGGGCUGCUUAUGCGCUAGGAGGCCUAGGAUCAGGCUUGUGUGAAAAUGAACAAAAGUUGAGGGAGGUUUCACAACAGGUUAGUUGCAAAUGACAAAUAACCAUGGUAAUGUAAAAUAAUUAUUGUCAGCUCAUACAGGGGGUUGCAAGUCAUUGAGUUUGGAGUAAGUCUGUGAUACUUGGAAGCUGUUGAUCAAUCAAAAUCCUAGGGAACCUGAGGAGCAAAAUAACGCCAAAUACUGCAAGACUGAGAAACAAUGAAAGUGCUUGACAUGAUAAAAAAAAUUAACUCCCAUCAGGUUUCACAUUUCAGAGUUUUUAAGACUUAAAAGUCUUAUUUAUUUGCACUUGAAAAUUAUUUUAUAAGGGUAAGCUAAGAUCCUCUCAGUAUUUAAUACAUUUCUCCCUCAGACUCUCUUUUAAAAGAGAAUCCUGUGCUAUUAUGAGUUGAUUAAUCUAGAAACAACAAGUGCCAAUAAUUUUAUAUUUUGUUUGGUUCCAAAAAUCAUCCAUACCACCCCCACGGAAGGGAUUCUUCCUCAGACCCCCCCCCCCCACCACCUCUAUGGAAAUUCCAGUCAAGCUUCAUCAUACAUUUACUUACAUUUCUGGGCCUUUGAGAGCCCCCCCCCAGGAAUUUCCAAUCCCUUCUGUGGGGGGAGUAUGGAUAUUUUCAGGAACUAUACGUUAUCAUUAACAUAUUUUUGAGUGUUCGCAUUCAUUAUACUUGUGUACAGGCACUAGCAUUAUCAAGUCAAAUUCUCAUAGAGCAGUCACUACUGGGCUGGAAGGAGAUUGAGUAUGAAGUGGUGAGAGAUGCUGCUGAUAACUGCAUCACUGUCUGUAACAUGGAGAAUUUCGAUCCUUUAGGUGUUCAUACAGGUAUGGUCCAUCUUGCCGUCUGGAAUUACUUAACCCUUUAAGCCCUAAGAGUGAUCAGCAUCAAAUUUCUCCUGGUAAUAUCAAUGUUUUAUAAAACCCGAGUGGUCAUGAGAAUUACGGACAUGAUCACAAAAGAUGAAUUUGCUUGAUAUUUUAUCAACUUCUCCCCACUACAUCUGUAGAAAAUGAAUAAGGGCAACAAAUGAGAAUUCCAAUAUUUAUCUUAGGGUUUUAAAGGGUUAAGAAACUAGGAACUGUCUCAUUAUAUGAUCAAAGAAUCUUGAAAAAUGCCUGCUGUGUCUUUAAAGUGCUAAACAUUGGUACUCCCUUAACCCUAAAGGAAUAUUAAUACUAUGAAGAGCUUCAAUGUAAAAUCUUUGUGGUAAAGAUAUUCUAACAAUACCCAAGGUCAACUCUACAAAGCAAGGUUUGAGAUCUUAGCAAUACCUUGUCCUGAAGUUAAGGAAUGCAUUACCGCAAGCAUUGAGACAUGAGACUAAUCUAAGUAGCUUUAAAAGACACUAGAAAAAAAUUGACGUCACACAGUUAUAUUGAUCUGUAAAUAGUUUAUAUUUUUAUUAUUAUUGAAUUGUACAAAGUUUUAUUUUAUUUUAUUACUAACAUAAUCUCAGAUUUUAAAUAUUGUAGAUAGAUAUUUUAUAUUGUAUCUUAGUGCUUUUGUUUUCCUUGGUUUUCGUUAUUUUUUUGCAAUACCUUUAAAAUAGGGAUAUUUGCAAUACUGUAAUGAGCUAAGUGUAUUAGACCACAUUAAUAAAGGUUACUUACUUACUUACCACCCCUCUGAUAGCUUGUGAACAGGCUCUCCAUUAGGGGAAAAGGGACUACAUGUUGAGAGGGAAUAAUCCUACACCUAGCUAGCCUUCUGCCCUUUUUCCCCACCAAGCAGCCUGGUCCCAGGCUACCCUGACAAACACUAUACCAUCAGUUUUCUUAAGUUAAUUUGUAACAGACAGUUAAAUAUUGUUUUAUUCAUCUUCUGCAGGUGACUCUAUUGUUGUUGCUCCAAGUCAAACUCUUUCUAACCAGGAAUAUCACAUGCUACGAGAAACAGCACUAAAGGUUUGAUCACAGCUUUCACUUCAUCUAGUCUGAAUUAUUUUGUUUAUAAAUAAUAAAUAACAAAACUCAUCUUUAAUUAAUUAUGAUUCGUAGACUGUAGUAAGCUCUGUAGGAAGUGUUUGCUCUUUGGAACACAUUUAUCUGCAGGCUACAGAAGUGUUCUUUCCUUAGAUGCAUGACACUGAGCAAGUGCAAAUGUUUCCCAUUUUUCUCACUGUGCCAUGUUUUUGUCUAAUAGUCAGAACAUUCCAUUCAUUUUAGAGAACCAUUUUUCCAUGCCCUAUCCAUUUUCUUCCGUUACUCUGAUCUCACAGGUUUUUUCUUUUUUCACUUUCCUCCACAGGUGGUACGCCAUCUUGGUAUAAUCGGUGAAUGUAACAUACAAUAUGCUCUGCAUCCCACUUCUUUGGAGUACUGUAUCAUUGAAGUCAAUGCACGUUUGUCCAGGAGCUCUGCAUUGGCUUCUAAAGCUACCGGGUAAUUAAGUAGUAUGUGCAUGUGGUAGCCCCUGAUCUUAAGAAUAAACACAAUUGACUUCCUCUUUAAGGACACCUCGCUAAAAUGGACACCUAGAGUUGGUCCCUGCCUUUCUUUAUCCCUUUUAGUUGACUCUCUAUAAGACGGACACCUCUCUGAGACAAACACUUCGUGCUGGUCCCAAAGGCGUCCAUCGGAGAGUUGACCGUACUACAUGAAACUGUGUCUAAGGGCAGACACUGUUGUGGAACCUACCUUAGCUUAAAGGAAUGUCGGCAUAGAAUAGAAUUUCAGCUUAGACCAAUAAAAUGAACAAAGCUGUUCACUUGUUACACUGUACCACACACACAAAAAAACUUCUUUUGAAGAGAGACCUACAUAAGGAACAUACAUAGGACCACAUGACAUGAUAAGGGAUGUUGUUUGAGGUUUUAGCAUAGCCCAACAGCUCUUCUUGUCAGAGAAGUUUUGGUUUGGCUUUUAUGUUACCUCUUCUGGGCUUGAUUUUUCUGGUCUUAUUUUUGCAGAUAUCCUCUGGCAUUCAUUGCAGCUAAGCUGGCCCUUGGUGUACAACUUCCCGACAUAAAGAACUCAACAACACAACAAACAACAGCAUGUUUUGAGCCCAGUCUGGAUUACAUUGUCACCAAGGUAUUUCAUAGUGUCUUGUCUAGCCAGGUGUAGCCUGCAUGCAGACAUCUCCUAUUUCCUUUGCAGCAUAUGGAAAAAGGACCACGCAGGAUAAGAUAAGACAGCUGUAGCUUGAGUUGCAUUGUCUAAUUUCCAUGGAAAGGAAUUUUCACUCUAACUCAAUUUUUUUCACUCAGGGUGUAAAAGGUUUUGGAGAAGUGAUUUAUAAAUAUACAAAGCCAUUUAUUUUUUCAUUUAGAUUCCUAGAUGGGACCUUGACAGAUUCCACAUGACAUCCAAACAGAUUGGCAGCUCUAUGAAGAGUGUUGGAGAGGUAAAAAGCAAUUUUUUCACAACAGUCAGUCAUAUUUGUCCCCUUAACUCUAUUUCUAUUCCGUUUACAUUUAAGUCAAGUGAUGAGUUUUUCUCACUUUCUUCCUUAGGUGAUGGCUAUUGGCAGAACAUUUGAGGAAAGUUUCCAGAAGGCUUUGCGUAUGGUCCAUCCCUCAGUUGAUGGCUUUGUGCAGAAGGUAAGAUAAGGUAGUAGAGGUAGUACAUCCACAUAGUGGUUCUUCUUCUAUCGGAUCCCUUAUCAAAUUGGAAUUUGGAAGUGUUGGUUUUGAGGGUGGGGAAAACCAGAGUACCUGGAGAAAAACCUCUUAGAGCAAGGGAGAGAACCAACAACAAACUCAACCCACUUAAUUAUGGUGUUGAUGCUGCGAUUUGAACCCAGGCCACAUUGGUGGGAGGCGAGUGUAAAAAACAUAACUCCUUUCUUUCCUGCAAGAGCUUGACCAAAAUGGUAUGUUGAUGAAGGUAUGUUUCAAGUGGAAUAGUAUGUCCAUAUUACAUUUGAAGGCUUGAUUUAUUUGUUUCUUCUUGGUCUUUUCUAUUUUAGCUUCCCAGCAUGCAUCAGGAGCUGUCAGACGGUAGAUUGGAGGAUGAGCUGGUUGUUCCAUCAAACACCAGAGUCUACUCCAUUGCAAAGGUGAGUAGUUUUCCUUGACAUUCAGAUUUAAUAAUAGACAAUGAAGAUGUUAAUUUAGCAAGGUAUAUUUCCAGCAAACUGUAAAAAAAUUACAGCACUUGACUGGAAUAUGAGGAAAGUCACAAAAGGGAGGUGGUUGUGUACUACCGUAAAAUUCCGAAAAUUGUUCAAAGGCCCCUUUUGAGGGCCUUAUAUUUGGAGGUGGUUAUAUUCGGAGGGGCUUAUCUACGGAGGGAAAUUUGCGUUUCAAAAUCAAUUGAGUUAGCCUUACAGUUGGAAGUAAAUUUACCGUUUUUGCUUCGUUUUACUUUGUAUUUGAGGGCAAGUUUUCAAGUACAAGCCCCCUGGGGAAGCUUAUAUUUGGAGGGGCAAUUUAACGAAGGGUUUUUUGUGUUACCGGUUUGGGGGGCUUAUAUUUGGAAGGGCUUAUACAUGGAGGGGCUUAUUUUUGGAAUUUUAUGGUAUAUUGAUUGCUCAGAGAAAGGUUAACAGUUGUUUAAAACCGGCUCUUGCCCAACUUGCUGCACUCAUCUUCAAUUAUGCUCUAUAGCAGUAUUUUACAUGCAACCCAGCCUCAUCAAGGGCUUGUGUUUUCAGGCACUGCACGCAGGCUACACAGUAGAUCAAAUACAUGAGCUGACCAGCAUAGAUCGGUGGUUCUUACAUAAACUGCAACGAAUAGUGGACAUUGAGAGUGACCUGAAAAACCUGAAGCUGUAAGUUGUAAAGUAUAAUCACAGGAUUGAUUUAUCCCUUUAAGCUCCAAGAUCCACAUACAAAUUCUCCAGACUGAUCUCCAUACAUUUCUUUUAAGAACAGUUGAGAGAAUUUGGUUUAAGAUCAAAGUGUUCUCCUUCUGUUAACCAAUUAAGCAAUUCUCAUAACCUUUACUCUUCUGCUGAUGUUGUUUGGAGAAAAGCCCAAGAGCCAUUUAGGCAGUUAAUACGUGAUGAUGUUGCUGUUGUUGGUGACCAGGGAGGGUGAUGUUGAUAACGAAAAUGGUUAUCCACCGUGAUGGCGAUGAUUGUGUGGGUGGUGGCACUGACAAAUUAUUGACGCUGACGAUGAAAGUUUCAGCAAUACUGAUAUUGGUUGAUAGUGGUGUUACACUAACACCAUCAUGAGGGUGAUGAUGAUGAUAAAGAUAUUAAAUGCCCUAAAGAUUAUGGUAAUGUUAAUGAUGAUGGUGAUAAUGAUGUUGAUGUUAAAGGGGCUGUGUCACGGCAGUCCAGUUCAUUUUGUUUAAUUUUGCCAAUUACUUGCCCUCAAGCACUAAAGUAAUCAAAGAAAUUACAUGUAAAUGACAAAAUCAGAGAUCUGAGACAAACAAAUAUGUCUCCAGAGCAUUAUUUUUGAAGUUGCAAGCAGCAGGGAUCAACUGUACUUUGAAAAACUGUUAGGCUGAACAGUUUUCAAAAACCCAAAUUCAAUCCGUUUCAAUCUUCUUCAGUUUUGCCCAUCUGUGGCAUCUGUUGUUUCUGUUACGUUGUUUUAACCUUCCUUUUAAGUUAAUUUAAGCGGUUAUUUUUAUGUUUCUCUUGAUUUAACGGGCAUUUUGUAAUUUCCUUAUUUGGCUGAAUUUCGUGACACAGCUCCUUUAAUGGUAAUGAAUGAUAGUAGUGAUGAUGAUGAUGGUGAUAAAGGUAUAUGCCAUGAUGUUGAUGGUGAUGCUAAUGAUUAUGAUGGCAAUGAUGUGACAUUGAUGGAAAUAGAUGACGAUGAGGAUGAUGAUGGCAACAGUGGUGGUGGUGGUGGUGGCAGCAGUGGCAGUAGGGUGUGGCAAGGAUACAUAUUUCCAUUAGGUUCAUUACUUCCUGCUGAGGAUGAGAGAAAAAGCAGUUGUAUUUGCAGGCUGCCAUAAUCACUGUUAUGGAUUUGUUUCCAGUUUAACCAUUCAAAUUGCUAUCAAGCAGUCUAUAGUGCUUACUUUUUUCUCAAUUUUUUUGGUUUUCAGAGACUCCUUUUCCCAGGAAGACUUACUAGAAGCCAAACAAGCUGGUUUUUCUGACAGGCAGCUUGCCAAGCUGAUUGGAGUUCAGGAAAGUGAUAUGAGGAAUGAACGACUCAAACAUGGUGUGAAACCUUGGGUUAAACAGGUAUGUAUUGUUAACAAGUCCCGGCUGGGCAAAAUCCCUUAUUUGGCCUAAAAAAGUAUGGCUGCUGAACAGGGUUGGGUUUUCAGGGUCUUAAGCCCCAAGAUCCACAUACAAAUUCUCCAGACUGAUCUCCAUACAUUUCCUUUAAGAAUAGUUGAGAGAAUUUGGUUUAAGAUCAAAGCAUUCUCCCUUUGGUAAUCAAUUUAGUAAUUCUCACAACCUUUACUCUUGAUGAUCUGUCUAUGUUGUUUGGGGAAAAUUGAUGUUGGUCACUCUUGGGACCUAAAGGGUUAAGCAGAGUAUACAAUUUUACUAUUAUGCGUCUUGAAUGGGGUGUCUUUUUGGACUGGAAGAGUGAAUACCAACAAUUUUUUUCCAAAAUCUAAUUCCAUGAUGUUAGUUUCAUAAAAUAAGGACUAUUGUUUUUUAAUAAACAGGGUAACAAAAUGAGCAAUUUUUGUCUUAAACAGGAGACCAGCAACUAAUCUCUCCGUACAACAUCACUGCUCAAUCAAUUAAUCAUCAUGAGAAUUAUAAGAAAUGGUCAAAAAGAUAAAAAACCUUCAUUAUUAGACAAAUUGUCUUUGUUCAUAUCCGCGCAUAUAACCUUCAUAUUGCCCCUUGAGUGGGUCGUACGUGUGUAAGUUUUCUAGGCCUUAUACUGUGAUAUUGAUAGGCUGUACUGUGUAGCAGGCGUGAGAAAGAACUUGGUAAGCGUGACCCGUUGCCCCGGGGGGGGGGGGGCACUUUAGGAAUUUCUGGGUGGGGAUGGGACCCUGGAACCCUGGAACCCUGGAACCCUUGACCUAUACCAGAGCUAGUUCAGCUGAAUUUUGGUACCCUAUACUAGAGUAAACUCCCAAAAUCCCCCUAUCCUAGAGUAGCUGUUUCCCCAGUCUAGAUAAAAUCUUCAACCAACUGAUCAGUUUCCUGAAAAAUGAUACCCUAUUCUAGACCCAAACUCUCUGAUUUAUAUACCCUAUCCUAGAGUAAACUGCUUGAAAACCAUACCCUUCACAGCGGCACAUACCCAUAUAGCCAAUAUAUGGCAGUACCCCCCGGGCCCGUUGCGCUCCUUGUUGUUUAUUUCUGCUACGCAGUCUAUGAUAUUGGUUACGGUUUAAACAAUUAAACCCAUUGGUGCAUGCCUUUGUUUACAUGUGGUUAGGAAGGUCAGAUAUCGAGAUUUGUUGAAUGGUGGAAUGAAUAAUCCAUGCCAGUGAGUUAGCAAUCCAAUAGUUAGAUUUCCGAAAACCCAGAAGACAGUGGGUAAGGGAAGCAAAAGUGUACAAAAUGCUUGGUCUCAUACUGUACCACCAAAAGAGGUAUAGGCUGUACCUUGGUCAGCCGUGUUAUUCAAGUUUGUGAUCCAAUUAAAAAGAUGAAAAAUAACAUAUUGAAACACUUGAAGCUACAAUAACUACGAUUAUAGAGAGAAUCCAAAAAAAUCCUUUCCGAACUUCCGAAAUCACUUGCCGACGAAAUCGUUUCAUUUUCACGGGUUUUGUGAGGAUUUCUCCUUUGAUAUUUUCAUGUGGAAAGGCAGAUGUUGGAACCUCGCAGCCCAAGAAAUCACACAGCGGUUUCCAUCCUUGUUUUACAUUGAAAACUAGUAGCUUCGCGGGUGGUACAAUGGACUUUACACGGUGAUUGUGCAUACGAUAUCGCUUUCUGAAAACACAAGUGGACUUGGGGUUUGUAGAGCCAAGUAAACCAUAAAUGCAAGAGUCGACAAUGUACCUCAACUUUCUAACACUUUGCGAUAGAUUGUACGCUAUAAAUGAUUUCCUGAUUUCCACGCGAGUAGCGUGGAUCAUUUCAAGGUGGUUUACCCAACUUUGUAUCCAAGAAUCUUCAUCUCGUUCGCUCAAAAUCACUUUACAGUCAGGAAAUGUUUCCAAUAUUUCCUCCCAGAAAAGGUUACCGGGUAUAUCCACCACCGCAUCUGCAUUCUGGUAGAGUGCUACAUCUGGCUUAGCGCCAUUCUGGAAGACAUCAACCCAGUAAUCCAGAAAAUCGAACAGUUGUUCUUCCCAGUCAUAGACCGUGAAUCCAAGCUGUCGUAAAGACGUAAAGCUUCGGAGAUUGAUUUAGUUCCAGUCUUAUUCAUACCAGCGCAUAUAACCUUCAUAUUGCCUCUUUGAUCUUAGCUCUUUUCUUUGGGUCUACAAUAAUAUUCGCCGGCUACAAUAACAUUGGUAAGAUUUUAUAGACUGCGUGACAUUCGUUACGAUGGCUGCACUGGGCAAAUUGCUGACGUGACGUGUUGUUUUCAUUUUGUAGACUGCGAGCAGUCUCUCGCGUUUUGCUCGACGGACUACAGAAAAAAAGAGAGACUGCUCGUAGUCUAUUCAUUUUGCGGAACUUUUACACGAUUUUCGUGCAAAAGCUAUCAUUCUAUCAUGCGCUGUUUUCCAUUAUUUCGAUUUUUUUAUUGGGAGAGUGUCUCGACGGUGAAUCACAGAGCCUUCCUGAUUUGUACUGAGGGAUCAGUACACCUAGAGUGAGCCUCUCAUCAGUCACUUUUUUUUUUAAUUUGAAUAUGCCGCAGGACAUACGAUCUAAAGAUUUUUCCAUACCUCGAUUAUUGACGGUAAAAAUGAACAUGACAGCAGAAAUUACGGAAAAUUCUCCGAUUUUUAUCACUGUUGUUCAGAGAAUAAUUCCAGAACCCGGAAAGAGUAUUUUUUUUUAAAGUUUUUUAAGUGGGAAGAAAAACGUAAGGAUAUUGCCGAACAUAAAUAAGUAAAGGAAAAAAGGAAAAAAAAUUGGAGUAGAAUAACAACGUGUUUGGCCUUAUACGGUAACCAAUAGAGUACCGAAAAAGAGGAAUAAGAUUUCUAGACUUAUGUCUGUCCAAUCACAAAUAACAAACUCCAACAAGUGAAGCUACAAUAACCGCGAUAAUAGAAAGGAUCCCAGAAAACGCUUUUAGAAUUUCCCAAUCCACUUGCCCCUCAAAUGUUUCCGUUUGCUUCACGGCAAUUUCAAAGGAUAUUUGGUACACCAGACUGAAAUUGUUAGAGAGGUAAAUGUGCUAAGGAUAAGCGAGGCCUGAUUCUCUACAUAAUGUGCUAUGAUCUUCCAACAUCAUUCAGAAUUGAUUUUUAAAAACUAGAAGCAUGUGGCGAUGAUGAAAAAUUGUAGCAAAACUUCGCUUCUUUGUGUGGGGAAAACCCCAGGGGAACUCCCUAUAAUGGUCGGUCAUACGGGGAAGCUCGGACCGAAAUUUAGGCUUCAGGUACAUGAAAGGUUAGGAAUUACAAAACGUUUUACCCAGGAAUCUUCUUCUCUUUCGCUCAAAAACACUUUACAGUCGGGAAAACCUUCUAAUAUUGUCUCGCAGAAGAAAUUUGCGGGUAUAUCCAAGGCGGCAUCAGCGUUAUGGUAGACUCUCUUCACAUCUGGCCGAGCACCAUUUUGGAAAACAUCGACCCAGUGAGCUAGAAAGUCGAAUAUUUGUUCUUCCCAGUCAAACACCGCGAAUCAAAGAUACCGUAAAGUUUUGCAAAUUGAUGUGGUGCCGGUUUUUUGCAACCCUACACAAAUAACCUUCGUAUUUCACUUGUUGCGAUUGUUUUCUCGCCAGCAAGGUGUUAGCCUGGGUGGCAGGCGUUUGAAAGGGAAGGGAAAGGGGGUUUUGGGCGCGAGGGAAACACGCCCCUCGCGUUUCUCUCGCGCCUAAAACUCCUUUUCUCUUCCCUUUCAAACGCCUGCCACGCAGGCUAGCAAGGUGUUAAUCGAGCUACUGAGCUCGCAGCUCGUAAUCCCAAUUUAUUGAUUUAUUGUACCCGAGUCACGGGGCCGGGGGCGGGGGGGGGGGGGGGGGGGGUUACUCCCAUAUAAAAGUAACGGGGAUGCUUAGGGGUGUAUAUUGCAGAUUUUGGUCUCACUUAGGUUGUUUGGGACGGAACUGAAAGUCAUUAUAUUCGCCCAUUCAGGUAUCGCUUAGGCUGUGCAUAAAGAAAUUUACAAAAAAUUACCGUGACACUGACCACACAGAAAUCGUUUUCCAAGAAGAUUCAUAUUUCAACAAAAGUGUCAAGGAGAUUAUGUAGUGCGAAAAACUAGUAUAGAGAUUUAUAUCAAUGCUUUUGAAAUCUAAAUAUAGACAAACGCAUUCGAUGUUAACUGACAUCUUUAGCGCAUGUACAUAGUAUUUACUCUGCUUAAGAUACGGUCCAGAUAAGAAUGAUAGCAACAACGGCAACGAACAUGUUGGAAUGCAAAAAAAUGUUUAACAUUUUAAAUUGGUAGUCUUGGGAUUCUAAAUACAAACAGUCAAAUUUUAACAAAACUUGUUGAAAGCAGUAAAUUUUUAUAUUCAUCCCAACUUUCCAAACCAUCUUCCAUAAAACAAAAUCUGGUCUCAAGUUUGAAUUUGCUAAAUUCUUGUGCGGGAACAUUUGAAAAUUGGCCUUUUGUCUUUUGUCUGUCAUUGUUUUCAAACUAAAACAAUGUGACUGGUCGAAACCUUUCAACGCUUCUGACCCCUUUCAAAGUGGAUUUUACGUCAAAUGUAUUUUAUUGCGUAAACGGACGUUCAUGUAGGUUUAUGCAUUCUCUGUGCGGCGAAAAGGAGAACGGAUGUUUUCCCUAAAUAAAAACAAAAAUAUCUCUUAUUUAGUUGCCGCAUAACAAAAGCUAAAAUUUUUGUUAAUUUAUGGGCCGGAUCAUUACAUAGUAUUUACAUCCUUCGUUUUUCAAGAAGAUUUAUAUUUCAACAAAGGUCUCACGGAGAUUACGUAGUAAAGAAAAGUAGAGAUUCAUGACAAUGCUUUUGAAAUCUUGAUGUCUGUUUUAGUAUGAUCUCCUUUGCCACACCCACAUUGGUCUCCCUUAGGGGUUUAAUUUUAAUUUUCCGACAAGCGUCCCCGUCGCUUUUACAUGGGAGUUACCCCCGGGCAUUUCACGAAUCAAAAGCGGGCCCAGGCGAGUCAGCUACAAAACAAGCACAGGCCAACCUCGAGUCAAGUCCAGAUGUUUUUUUUUUUCCAUUUUUGAGUUUCACUAAGUUAUUUUUAGAUCAAUAAACGCUUGAAGUGAAAAAAAAAAAAUUAUCAUUAAAUUAUUAUUAUUAAACUAUUUUUCUUAGUUAAAUUAACUCUUUCUAAGCUAAAUUAAGUGCUUUUUAAAUCGACAGGAAUUGUAAAUAGUGUUUUGAAUGAAUAGUUUUUUCUUUUUUUCAAGCAAAUUAAUUGUGAAUAGGAUUUUAACAGUUAGCAUUGUUGUCAAUAAAAUUUUUUCAAAAAAAAAAUUAUUAUUAUUAUUAUUAUCUCUAUUAUCACAGUCUUUACUGGUGUUCUUUUUGUGCAUCAGCCGGGCGCAAACCAUGCACCUAGAGCGUCAGUCACUCAAGUCAAUCAUUCUGUUUUGUAGAUCCCAGCAUGCAGAUCAAUACUUUCUUGAAUACCCUUCUUCACUGUACCAAGCGCAAAAAAAAAAUUACGGUUUUCAUUCUUAAAUUAUUGCGAUGUUUCUAUUAUUAUUAUUAUUAUUAUUAUUAUUAUUAUUAUUAUUAUUAUUAUUAUUAUUAUUAUUAUUACUAUUAUUAUUAUUAUUAUUAUUAUUAUGUACAUAGUUAAUCUCUAUCGCAGCACAUUCAGUGUUCGUCAUCUUCGCUUUUAUUAAGAUUGCAAUUCGAGGAAAAAAUAGUUUGUGCCAAGAGUUGUGCAUGAUUGAAAUAAUGUUAUAGUCCUUACGAUUGGUGCUAUAUAACCAAAAGAAUCAAGGAUUGUCGAAAUGACAAGAUUGUUGUUCAAUUAACAGUAAAAACAAAGUAUAAACAAUGAAGCUACAAUAACGACGAUAAUGGAAACGAUCACAAAGACGGUUCUCUGAAUUUCCCGUUGAACCUGCUGCCCAUAUCUUGUCUUUUGAAAGAUUUCUUUGAGGAGUCUUCCUUUAACAUUUUCAUGGGGGAAAGCAGAUGUCGGAAUCUCACAGCCCAAGAAAUCACACAGCGGUUUCCAUCCUUGCUUUGCAUUGAACACCAGUAGUUUCUCGGGUGGCACAAUGGACUUUACGCGGUGAUUGUGCAUACGAUAUCUCUUCCUGAAAACGUAAAUGGACUUGGGGUUCAUGGAUCCAAACAAAGCAACUAGACUACAGUGCGCAAUGUUGGUUACCGUUGUGCAGGUUUGCGAUAGCAUAUUUGCGGUGCGUGAUCGAACAUCGUUUAUUGUUUCUAGUUGAGUGACCCAGCUUUGUAUCCAAGAAUCUUCAUCUCGUUCGCUUAAAAUCACCUUACAAUCAGGAAAAGCUUCCAAUAUUUCCUCCCAGAAAAGGUUUCCAGGCAUAUCCACGACUGCAUCUGCAUCCUGGUAGAUUUGCUUCACAUCUGGCGUGGCGCCAUUUUGGAACACGUCAACCCAGUAAUCCAGAAAAUCGAACAGUUGUUCUUCCCAGUCAUAGACCAUGAAUCCAAGCUGUCGUAAAGCUUCGGAGAUUGAUUUAGUUCCAGUCUUGUUCAUACCAGCGCAUAUAACCUUCAUAUUGCCCUUUGAGUUGGUCUUAUCUGUGUUAGUUUUCUAGGCCUUAUAUUGUGAUAGGUUGAGAUGAGUGCUAACCUUUGUGAUAUUGGUAGGCUGUACUGUGUAGCAGGCGUGAGAAAGAACUUGGUAAGCGUGACCUUUUGCGGAGUUUGCGCUCCUUGUUGUUGUUGCCCGAAUGCCUGCCACGCAGGUUAUGAUAUUGGCUGCGGUUACAACAAUUAAACCCACUGGUGCAUUCCUUUGGUUACCCAGGGUUCCACAGGAUAUUUUUUUCUUACCGAUAUCAAACUUUGAGCACGGUUUAUUUCAUAUUAGGUAUUUUGACAACGGACCGAGCCAGGGUAGCCUUUGGUUUCAUGUGGUUAAGAAGGUCAGAUAUCGUGAUUUGUUGAAUGGCGGAAUGAGUGAUCCAUGCCAGUGAGUUAGCAAUGCAAUAAUUAGAUUUCUGAAAACCCAGAACACAGUGGAUAAGGGCAGCAAAAGUGUACAAAGUACUUGGCCUCAUACUGUACCACCAAAAGUGGUAUAAAGUUUUCUGUACCUUGACUACCUUGGUCAGCCGUGUUAUUCAAGGUUCUGAUCCAAUUAAAAAGAUGAAAAAUAACAUAUUGCAACAAUUGAAGCUACAAUAACUACGAUUAUAGAGAGAAUCCAAAAAAAUCCUUUCCGAACUUCCGAAAUCACUUGC